UAAUUAUUCAGCCCCGAUGGUGGUGGAUGGGAUCUCGGUGAGCUUAGGUCUGUGGGAUACGGCGGGACAGGAGGACUACGAUCGCCUGAGACCGUUGUCCUACCCGCAAACGGACGUGUUUCUCAUCUGCUUCAGCGUCGCAUCACCAUCCUCCUUCGAGAACGUGACCUCCAAAUGGUACCCAGAGAUCAAGCACCACUGUCCGGACGCGCCCAUGAUCCUCGUAGGGACGAAAAUCGAUUUGCGCGACGACAGGGAAACCUUGAGCGCUCUGGCGGAGCAGGGUCUCAGCCCCAUCAAGAGGGAGCAGGGCCAGAAGCUCUCCAACAAGAUCAGAGCCGUGAAGUACAUGGAGUGCUCGGCGCUGACGCAGCGGGGUCUGAAGCAGGUCUUCGACGAAGCCGUCAGGGCCGUCCUCAGGCCCGAACCGCAAAAGCGCCGUCAACGUAAAUGUCUCCUCAUGUAAAAUCAAAGCAGAAAUAGAAGAAGAAAGGGAAAACCAAUCGAAAAGAAGCAAACUUUGUAAGCAACCUCGAUUGCAUUUCAACUUCGAAAAACUUUAUACAAUCAUCAUCAUCCUCUCUAUUCUUAUCUUUUGCAGGUGCGGACUGAAUCUUGAGCGGACAUCGUAUAUAGAUAAGUGCUGUCAUUCACAACAAAUGGCAUAAGUCAAUAUAUAGUUAUUUUUUAAAAGAAACGUCCUAUAUAUAUUUAUGGAUCCGAUAUUUCGAAUUAAUUUUAUACAUACAUAUUAUAUAUAUAUUUAUAAGGUAAUUGUUGCAUUUGCUUCUACACAAAUUCCAAAAAAAAAACAAAAAUCACGAAUCUUUCCUUAUACUCGAACAAACACGAAAAUUAAAAAAAAAACGAAACGGGAUGAAGACGGGCGCAGCAGCAAAGAGAUGAAACAAAACAAAAAGAGUUCUAAUUUGAAAACGUAGAGAGGCUAUUUAUAUUUUUUUAACGUAACUAAACGAAAUAUUUUUAUACGUCAAUUAUAAUCUUGUGGAAAACAAAAAAAAAGUUGGAGCGUUUAAUAUGUUUUGUUGUUAUUAAUCCUUUGUUGUUCUUAACGAAAAGUGCUCAUUCUUUUUUGAUUUCGUUCAGUUUGAUACGUAAUUAUGUGCCAUUCAUUUUUUUGGAAUUGUUGUAUAUAUAUUUCUAUAUAUAUAUACGAAGGUGUCUAUGAACUGGCGAUUUGCGCUUUGAAUUUCUUUUAAACUCUAUUUUUGCGUUCUUUCCAAAGAUGUGAAACUGGGCGAUGGAUGCAAUUGUUUUCCAGUUCCUCACCAUCGUCCCACUUUAUAUUUUCUUACGCAAAUCAAUGAUGCAUUGUGAUUAGAAGAAUUGACUAGUGUUCUAUUAUAAAGUAUAUAUAUAAACCUGGUGUAUCAACGAUAUUAUUGUAACAUAACUAAAAACGUUGUUGGACGAUUACAAAUUGAUACAAAAAAAACCUACACAAAAGUCGCACGAGAAUCAAUCAAAAAAUUAGAGAAACGAAGAAAGAGCGCAACUUUUUUUGUAUCAAUUGUCAUUCUCUAAUUAUAUAUAUAUAUAUAAUUAAGUAGCUUGGCUUUUGGAUUGAAUGAAAUGCGAAUCGAUGGAGAAAGAAAG